CACCUCCAUUCUGACAACAGCAACCUGCUGCCACAACCACCAGAGGUCGUAACUCCCUCAUUACUAAUGCACACGCUUUCUCUCACACGCUUGACUUGGAGGAGUCACUAAAACCGUGCAGAAAAUUAUUUCACACCCCAACAAUACAUUGUCACAACUGGCCCUAGAAGCUGGCCUGACCUUAUCGGUUUAAGGACAAUGGUUUUUGCUCUGAGCUAAAUGUUAGACGUUUGUACUCUAUCGCGCAUCUCUCAUAGUGCCGCGCUGCGCCGCAUAGUGAUGGGUGGACCGAAGGCACCGCUCCCCGAGACCGCUUCGCUAACUGUCCAGACACGGACUGAUUGAUCACAUGUCUUGUUCACGACCGAAACUUCAACCAUGCAUUCACUGGAAACGCAAAUGGCUCCCAGUUUGAGGAGUGCGCGGAGAGAAUUCCCCAAACUGCAUACCUGCGGCGCGGCGGCUGGAGACCGGCGCUCACCGGGAUGGAUAAGAGUGCGAGAAGCAGGGUGGUUUCGGAGAACCAGGAGAAGAGAUGGAGCAGAAGGGAUGUCUGCAAACUGUCUGUUAUACAUAGGAAUGGUCAUACUUCUGUUGCAGUGUGCGCAGGCCACAGAGGAUGAGACGAACUACGACGCCUCUGGUUCUUCUGAUGUACCCAAUGACACAACAGCCUCCGCCCAUCCCAUUCACCCACUGGCCGGCUUGCUGUUGGUGGAUGAGGAGCCUUUAUCAGUCGUCCAACCAGAUGGCAGGGCUGUGUCAGAGGGGGUGGGGCUGAGAGAGCAGCCUGCCUUCUCCUCCAUACUGACCCUGCUGGCGGACAAACACCCACUGAGCUUGGUCCGAUCCAAGGCCUCGCCAACCAUCACCAAGGACAACAACCAAACCAGCCAGUGGCCUUCGGUUGCUCCCUUCUCCUCCUCUUCUUCUUCUUCUGUGGAGCCGAGCAGAGACCUGUCUGACAGCUCAGAGACAGCGAUGGAGGAGUUAACCGUGGGAACAUCCAGAGAGACAGGGGUUAAUUUCCCCAAAGACAACGAGACCAGAUUAUCCCAAACAGGGAACCUCACCUUAGCCGACAGGCCUGCACUCACAACAUCACAGAAGUCACCUUUGACCCCUCGAGAGGACACAACGACUGUAUCCCUCCAGCUCACGACCGUGACCACCACAACCAUAGCUUCAACCACAACCACAACUACAACACAGCCAAUCACAGAGAGCCCAACCACGACAACAACACGCAGAACCACCACCACCACCACCACUGCUCCAGCCUCCAGGAGGACACUGUCACCUCCAAUCCCAAAGACCAAACCCAGAGGGACGACCACCCCGUUCCCCUUCACCACCACCACGGAGGCUCCACCCCGGCAGUGCAACGUCACAGAGAAGAUCUGGGUUAAAACAAUUCUGACCAUCCAUGUGAGAAGGAACCGUCUGGACAGCAUCCAGAGACAGAACCUGCGUAGAGGGCUGACCCAGGCUCUGAGUAGAGCUCUGAAUGACACCACUGCCCAGGCUCAGGUCAGUAGGACUCACACCUACUCUUUCUUUCUCUGUAUGUAUCUCUCUGUAUCUCUCUCUGUAUGUAUCACUCUGUAUCCCUCUCUGUAUGUAUCUUUCUGUAUCUCUCUCUGUAUAUCUCUCUCUGUAUC